AUGAAUAAGGUUAAGAAGAAUUUAGAAGAUGGCCAUCAUCUUUUCUUAGGUAAAAGUGCAUCACAAAAAAUAGAGAAAGCCUGGAAGCACAUUUGUUCAUGCUUGUUAGAAAUUUAUGAGCCUCGAUAUGAUAGAAAAGUACCAAUGCGAACCCAAUUGCUCAUGGAAAUUUUAUUGAAUUCUAUAAUGACUAUACAAUCGGUUUCUAUGUUUUGAUAUCCUGAAAUACCCCUUCGCAAUUGAGAAUCAUACUCAACAUUUUGAGAGUAUCUUUCUUUUUUUAAUUACGAUAGCUUAUGUGAGAAAUUUGGAAUAUUUAAUUACUGCUUCCUCAGCCAUGUUUUGGUUAUUUCGUAUUCAUUUUUGAUUGUGGUGACAUAUAUUAUCUUAAAAUACCUUACUCCCCCUUCGUGAGCGAACAUAAAUAUUUUGUUCGCUAGCGGGAAUAAACUUUAUAGUAUUUUUUUUUUCGAAAUAUAAAAUAAAAAUUGGAAAGUAAAAAUAAUUUAAUUUGCAAAUUUCGUUUUAAAAUGAAUAUUGUUUUAAAAUUCAAUAGAAUUAGCUAGAGAUUUCAUUAUACUAAUUAUAAAUAUUAUUUUAUUCGCUCACUGAGAGCAGGUUUUUAUCCAAAAAUUAGGGGUUUUCCAAUUGUUAAUUUUGCUCAAAGGGAAGAGAUAGUAUUAGCAUACCAAAAUUUUUUAUUUUUUCUUGUAGAAAAGUAAUAUCAAUUUUAUCAUCUUUUGCGAUGAUUCCAACAGCUAUUAUCCCUUGCAUAAAUUUUAUUUUGCUUAUUUAUGGUAAAUUGAUUUUAAAAUGCCAAAAAUAUUUUAACAUACCAUAGACUCAGUUUUAUAUAUAAUGACAUGUCAAAAUUUUUUUGACAUUUUAAAAUGAAUUUACCAUAAAUAAGCAAAAUAAAAUAUUAGCAAUACAUUAUAUAAUAUUUCUUGUAGUUUUCAAAUAUUCAACCUUUAGAAAUUAUCAUAAAGCGCAGGAAUAUUACGAAAACAUCAUCAGCGAUUUUGAUUAUGGUAUUCCAGGAACGAUUUUUAGCUCGAUCUGCUUUUGCAUUUUAAUUCUCCUUAUCUUUGCAAAUGAAUUGUUUACAGCUGAUCUUAAACACUAUCGCUCUAAAAGAAAUAUAAAAGCAAGGUCAAAUUCUUUAUGGGAUUUAUAUUGACUUAUGUUUUGCAUUAUUCAAUGAAUAAUGUUCGUUUUCACCGAUAAAGCUUGAAUCGUUUAUUAUUGAGUAGUCUUACUUUUAAUUUCUUUAUACUUAUCAAGCAGAAUGUUUAGAUAUUUACAUUACUAUAAUCCUAUAGAAAAUUCAAUUCAAGCUUGCAAAAUAAGCCAAAUUUGCUGUUGCUUGGUUAUAUUUAUAAUUGGCUAUGCGAAAGAUGAUAUAAUGACGAUUACAUUAUUAUGCAUUUUUUUACCACCACUAGUCAGUGUGUUUAUAGCAGUCAGAAUUCAUAAAAAAUAUGCUAAUCUUAAGGAGCAAAAGUAUACAUAUAAUCGAUAUAAUUUUGAAAAGUCCAUUAGACAUUUAUUAGUUGAAAAAAAUCCUGCAAAUCAAGGGCGAGUUCUUCAAUUAUUUUCCCAAUGUGCCAAUCAGAGAAACAUAGGAGUUUUUUUUCUGUAUGGCCCGAUAAGGGCCGUGGGUUCUCCGUGGAAUCCCUCUGCUAGUUGAACCAACCAGUGAAUUGGUCAAACCAACGCACUGAGUUGGUUUGACCAACAGAGGGAUUCCACGGAGAACCCACGGCCCUUAUCGGGCCACAUAGGGAAAACUCCUAUAUGCUAUCAAGUGGAAUUUUAAUCGUGUGAGAAGCGAAUUUCUGCAUUUGUGUAGCUAAAGAUAGCAGACUUGGGAGAGUUAAAUUGACCAAGUUAUCCUUAUCGAAAUCAAGUAUUGAGACGACCAUACAAAAAAGCCGUAUUUUAAAGAAAUUAGAGAGGAAAAAUGUGAGGGUUUUAUCAGAAAUAGAAUAUUUGGAUUAUUUGACAAAAAUUACAAAAGUAAAAAGAUAUGACGAGGAUAUUUGCUAUACGUUGCUAGAUUUAUGGAGCGAAAUAGGCAGAAAUAACCCAGGAAUAAUGAAGCUUCGGUAUUUCACUGAAGAGGUUUUUUACCUUUGUUCAAAACUAAGGAAGCUAUACAGCUCUCUUGCAGAGAAAAACAAAUAUCCUGAAGUCAACGAGCUCUAUGGAAUGUUUCUCAUGAACAUCCUUGGAGAAUAUGAAGAAGGAAAUCUGAUUCUCAAAAGAAAAAACCAUAUAAAGGAGUUUAAUUCACUAGUGGAAAGCCAUUCAAAACUCACAGAUUAUGGAGAAAAUGUUGGUGCUGUGUUGAUAUCUUUGCAUCCAGAUUCUUUUGGAAAGAUUUCUUAUAUUAAUGAAAAAGCAGCAGUUUUAUUAAAAGUUUCUUCAACUGACAUAAUUGGAGCUGAUUUUAGUAUUUUCAUUCCGAAGCCUUUUUCAUUCUCCCACAAUGAAAAAAUGAAGAAUUGUUAUAAAUUCUGCAUCAGUACAGUACUAGAAAAGCCGCACUCAUUGGUCUUGGCUGACCAUAAGGGGUACUUAUUUAAGUGUGAAAUUCUAAUUAAGCUUACUGCGUUUAAAGACAAGUCUUACUUUAUGGUUUCUUUCAUUCAAAAAUUUACAAAGCGGCAAGCUAUUCUGAUAUCAGAAGAAGGAGAAGUAUAUGGCCAUACAAUGCAUUUGUUGCCUUUAUUAGGGCUAGGCCAAGGAAUUCUUUCAGGCUCUCAUAUUUCUUCUUUAUUCCGCCGAAUUGAUUUGAAGUCUAUGUUUUUAUUUGAGCCUUAUAUAAUUGAAGAAAAUAAUACAGAAUUUGCUUUAGUCCAUACCACUAAACUCAUAAAGCAAACUGCUGUCCAUCUAAUUCUUGUAAUUUAUGAUAAAAAUGAAAUUGAAAUAUGAAAAAGCAAGCAAGCAGAUGAACAACUUGACCACUACAAUGAAGCCUCCCCAAUUCUGAGCACAACGGUAACCAGAUCCUACGAAAGAUUCAGCAUAAACUUCACAAAUCAUACGAACAGCCAGACAACUUAUCCUGAUAGAGCCCUAACUACGAAUUACCAUGAAAAAACCUUUGACACAACUGACGACGCAAAAUCUACCACUCAGGCUCUCUCUUAUUCACAAUCAUUUUUAUCCCGUAUUUUUUAUAUAGAAGCAACUUUUCGGUUCAAUAAAAGAACCCAUGCAUCAAUAAUAAGGUUUCAAUGGAUCUUGCUCUUUGCUAUUGUUUCUAUGAUUGGCACUAAUUCUGGGAUUUUAGUAUAUAUCAUUGCAGAGGUAACACAUACCAAUUCAUUGAAUAUAUUUAAUCACAUUGGACAGAUCAUGUUUCAUGUUGGAAGUGCAGCUGAUGUGGUGAGAUCAAUUGAUUUGGAAAUUAGCGAAGGCAAGUAUAAUCUGACAAGGGAUUUAGGACUAUUAAACCAAUCAGCUAACGGUCUAUUGAGUUUACAAAUUGAGGUACUUAACGAUACUGAAAAAUGAAGCAGCUGCUCAAAUACAGAGAUGUUUAAAGAAAGUGUGAUCCCAAUAUGAAGUUUUGAUAAUGUCCAGCCUGAAUUGCAGUACUAUAAUUUAUAUGAUAUGAUCACCAUUUUUGUAAAAUAUGUACUUUCUAUUUAGAUGCAACAUUUGUAUAAAAAUGCCUAUACAAAAGAAGGAUAUAAAGAAGAUAUAAAAUGGCUGAUCAUUAAUAGCCUAACUUUUCCAUAUGGUUAUAUAAAUUUGCUCUUGUCUAGCAUUGUAGACUGCGAAAAAGGUAGAGUUAACGACACGAGUACAACAAUUAAUAUCUUACUGUUUAUAAAAAAUUUAAGUUUAAUUUUAUAAGGUCAUAAGCGGACCACUAACCUAGCUAUUUGAUAUAGACCAUUCUAACCUAAAAAUUAACUCCCUACGAGCUAUUCUUACGGAUAUCAUUUAUCCUAAUAGGCGAAGGAUGCUUAGCUCAUCUGACAAAGACAUGAAAACCUUUAGAGAGAGAGCCAACCGAACAGCGUGACAUAGAAAUUUGAAUUCAGCACAAUUGGAUGUUCCUUCUUGCUCCGUAGUGAGGCGCCUUUGAGUCCAUCACUAUUUUAUUUCUCCUUCUGUUUAUGGGAAUGCUUAUUCUUGGAGUCUGUUUAACAGCUCUUAUAUAUUUUACAGUAUGUUUAAAAAUUGUAUAUGAAAAAUUUUGGGAUUCUCUGAAGAAAUCGGUUAUUUCUGCUUAUAUUGCUCUAAAGCAAACAGCAAUGGAUAGAUUGUUUUAAAUAUUUUUAGUUUCAUAAUAUAAGCCCAUUUACUUCUAAAAUAAUAUACAGAACAUUACCAAAUUUUUGCUAAUGCAAGGAUUUUGCUCGAGAUUGGCCAUUUGGUUUACGAAAUAAAUACUGUAAGCCAAAAUGCCAUUCUCCAAGGCUGAAGCCUCCUAUCAGCAAUUUCUUGUGCUGUUCAUGGUGAGUAUAAGGCUGUAUAGUCUAUCCCUGGAAUCAUUUGAAUUAGCUUUCUAGAUAUUAUGAGCAGUAGCCCACUGGAAAAAUGAGAUUGAUAAGAGUGAUACAAAAUGAGAAAAUCUUAUGAAAAGCAGAUGAUUUCAAUGCAUUUUUAUUAUUUACGUGUAUAGAUUGUCAUCAGUUCAUGGAAUUGAGCUGAGCCAAGAUGACAGUAUGACAUUAAAAAAUAUCAAUUCAACGACCUUUCACAUCCAGACUACACUUACCUGGAAAUUCAGUUGAAGAUUAAGCUUUUUCGGCGCAAUUUCCUUAUCUUUUUAUCUCUUAAUAAUGCUUUACUUCUACAAAACCUGCCAAACCUAUAUGAUCAACCGUCCAAAGCUGUUGCAAAAUUUUAAUACAAGACGUUCCUUAUUAUCCAGAAUCGGCUUGUAUGCGAGAGAUAUUAAUAAUCCUGUAAACAAAGAAAUUUACCCAGAUUCCUAUAGUUUUUCGAACUCAUCAAUUGAACUUCAAGAUUUAAUAUCCCAAUAUGACACUGAGUACAAACAAAUGCGAUCCAAUAAUUUAUUAGACUUGUAUUCAGAUGAUCUAAAAGCCCGGCUGUUUGAAGAUCUCGACACAUCAGCCGACAUUAUGAAAUACGGAACUGCUGCAGCUGCAAGCGCAGUCAUUUUUGACGCUUAUUAUAUCGGUGGGACUGGUGGAAUCAAGACUGAAAAAGAAAUUUCUGAUUUCAUUUCGAAUUUUACUGCUCUUCAAGAGGCGAUGGCUCUGAGUUUUACAAAGGUCGAUCAAUGCUCUAAAGAUGUGAUUUCAGCACAGCUAGAUUUAAUUAUUGAUAUUACUGUAGCCUUUUCAGUUGGGCUGCUUUUGCUUUAUUUUUGUUAUUAUUUGCCAUUUUUGAAGAAACAAAUUAAUUUCUUAACGAAAACAAAAAUUCUGCCGAAAAUGAUACCGAUUUUGAUUACUGAAAAAAGAUUUGAGGAUUUUCCUAAGAAAAGCAACCUUAGUAAGCCUGGAUUAUAUUAA